GCAAGCCGCGAGUGUCGAAAUGUGCGCCAAACGCAUCAAAGAAGAAGAGUACGCGGAAGAUUUGUGUGCGACCCGGUGGAACCGUCAAGCACUGGACGCUGAUUGCAAUCGGCUUCGAGUUGACUUGCCCAGAGCAGACGUCAGUGGGGAGGAGGAGGAGGAAAUUCUCGGUCCUGGGCAGCACAAGGCCAAUGUUCCUCACAUUAAAGAGGAGGAGCAGGAGGAGGACGUCAGCACGUUUCCAUUCACGGUUGUCACCGUGAAGAGCGAAGAAGGUGAUGAAGAAGGCGAUGAAGAAGGCGAUGAAGAAGGCGACGGAGAGCAAAGUGACGGAGGGGCCCGCUCAGAAGGCCUCAUCGCUCCGUUAUCGGAAGGGGACAACGUGACAUCUUCUGACAACGACGAUCACUCUCGAGGCGAUGCGACUCGCCACGCCGACGGCAAGCCUUUCCAGUGUUCUCAUUGUGACAAAACAUUUUACAGGCUGUCAUUAUUGAAAGCACACUCGCGAACGCACACUGGCGACAAACCUUUUGCUUGCUCGGUCUGUGAUAAAAGGUUCUCCAUCAAGGGAAAUGUGACCAAACACAUGAGAACGCACACUGGAGAGAAACCUUUUGCCUGCUCGCUUUGCGGCCAAACAUUCACUCAGAAAGGCGAUUUGAUACGACACACCAGAGCGCACACCGGGGAAAAACCUUUUGCCUGUCCCAUUUGUGCUCAAAGAUUCUCCGCGCAGGGAACGUUAAUCACGCACAAAAGAACGCACACUGGCGACAAACCUUUUGCCUGCGACGUGUGUGACAAAAGGUUCUCCAUGAAGGGCAACUUAACCAAACACACGAGGACACACACCGGAGACAAACCUUUUGCCUGCUCAUUUUGUGAUAAAACGUUUUCGUCCAAGACACAUUUAACAAGGCACACGAGAACACACACCGGAGAUAAACCACUGGCCUGCUCGUUCUGCAGUAAGAGAUUCUCCAGAAAGGAACAUUUAAUCGAACACGUCAGGAUACACACUGGAGAGAAACCCUUUUCCUGCUCACAAUGCGCUCAAAGAUUUACUCAGAAGGGAGAUUUGGCAAGGCACGCGAGGACACAUAGCGGGGAAGCACCUUUUGCAUGUUUAUUUUGCGGCAAAGGAUUUACUCGAAAGGCUUAUUUGGCAGAGCACACAAGAGUGCACACGGGUGAGAAACCGUUCAAUUGCACUGUGUGUAAAAGAAGCUUCAAGGUCAAGUGUGACCUCGAGGGACACCAGUGUGGAGGCGAGAAGAGCGCCGCUCGCUCAGCGAGGCUGCCUGCAAAAUAAAGUGUCAAACUCA